GUUUAAACAACCACCAUUAUUACCAGUCAGCAGCUUGUCAGCAUGCAAUGCACUUCCCACUCCAAAUCCAAAUCCAAACCCAAAGCCAUACCCAUCAUCUUCAUAAGGAUCAUACCCAUCACAAUCCCCAUUUGAGGUUGCUUGUUCCAUUUCAAAACGCCUCUGUCCUUGUCAAACUUCACUUUCUCACCAUCACAACACAACACAAACAGACUCAGAAAAACAAAUCGUUUUUCUUAAUCCCAGCUCAGUAUGCUGAUUAACCGGUUAUGCCAGAGGAGAGCUUUGAUCUCCGGCCGGAGAUUGUUCCAUUCCUCAGAGAGAUUCUUAUCUGGGUCUUCCUCCCCUUCACCUUCCCCUGUUUCGCUCUGUUUUCGGGUUGCUAAAGCUAAUGUUCACAUAGAUUACAAUUUUCUGCAUGUCAAGAGAUAUUGGUUUUCUUCUCAACCUGCACUUGAUCUUCCUGUGGGGAAGAUAGUUGAUAUUCCGUUGGCACAGACUGGUGAGGGUAUUGCAGAAUGUGAGCUUCUCAAAUGGUAUGUGCAAGAGGGGGAUUCUAUUGACGAGUUUCAACCGGUUUGUGAAGUUCAAAGUGAUAAAGCUACUAUAGAGAUAACAAGUCGGUACAAAGGGAAAGUUUCUAACAUUCUCUAUGUUCCUGGUGAUAUUGUAAAGGUUGGAGAAACCCUUUUAAAGAUAUUAUUAGUUGAUGAGCCUGCGUGUGCCUCAGUGAAUUUUGGUGAUUCGGAAAAUGCAAAGUCACCUGAUUCUGAUCAGAUACUUGUUAAUGAGUCGGUUAUUUUUGGCAACUUAGAAAAUGUGAAAUCUCUAGAUUCUGAUCCCGAAAAACAGAAACAGACUGGAGUUCUAUCAACACCUGCUGUAAGGAGUCUAGCAAAGCAACAUGGUAUAGAUAUCAAUGACGUCCGUGGAACUGGAAAAGAUGGAAGGGUUUUAAAAGAAGACGUGCUCAAUUUUGCUGUCAAGAAAGGAAUCAUUAAAGAUGCAUCUGCUGUUUUGUGUGUUGAUUUAGGAGAACAAGUUCAGGGAGCAGAAGGUCAUAGCUAUGAUGUAACACCUAAAUAUGACAUGCCUUCUGAGGACAGGAUAGUUCCCCUCAGGGGAUUUCAAAGAGCAAUGGUGAAAUCAAUGUCUCUGGCUGCCAAAGUCCCGCAUUUUCAUUAUGUAGAUGAGAUAAACUGUAAUGCCCUAGUGAAGCUUAAAACAUCUUUUCAAAAAAAUAAUCCUUAUCCAGACGUCAAGCACACUUUCCUUCCAACACUAAUCAAAUCGCUAUCAAUGGCCCUCAUCAAAUACCCCUUUGUGAACAGCUGCUUCAAAGAGGAUGCAUUGGAGGUCAUCCUCAAAGGUUCACACAACAUUGGAAUUGCCAUGGCGACGCAAUAUGGCCUAGUUGUGCCAAACAUAAAAAAUGUUCAGUCUCUUUCCAUAUUGGAGAUAACCAAAGAGCUGGCAAGGUUGCAACAAUUAGCUUCAGAUAACAAGCUAAGUUCUGAGGAUAUAUGUGGUGGGACAAUUACUUUAAGCAACAUUGGAGCAAUUGGUGGAAAGUUUGGUUCCCCACUUCUCAAUCUGCCUGAAGUAUCCAUCAUUGCCAUUGGUCGAAUUCAGAAAGUUCCGCAGUUUGCUGAUGAUGGAAGUGUGUAUCCUGCAUCACUCAUGACUGUUAAUAUUGGUGCAGAUCACAGAGUCUUGGAUGGUGCAACCGUUGCAAGAUUUUGCAAUGAGUGGAAACAAUUAAUUGAAAAUCCAGAACUCCUCACGUUGCAUUUGAGAUGAGAUUUGAUGACAUGCAAUGGGCAAUAAUUACAAUUGUAAUUAAGAUGGGAAUUGAUCUUUGUAUUGACCACAAUAAGAAAUGCCAAAUGAUCAUCAUCUAAAAUUGAUCAAAGUCAGCAUAAAGAUUUAUCA